AUGCCCUCUCUCGAGGAUACCAGUUCCAAGGACGCCACGCCGUCAUGGUUGAACGCAGUACCAAACAUUGUCGCCGAUGAGAUAUUUUCUCUGGCAGCAGAGUACCGACUCGACCAAAACCCGCAAAAAGUCGAUCUCCUAAUCGGGGCCUAUCGUUCGGAUGACGGGAACCCAUGUCCAUUGCCUUCGGUACUGGAAGCAGAACGCCGUCUCCUAUCUCAAAACGACCUGGGGAAGCAUGAGUAUCUCCCUAUCGAGGGCGAUGCCACUUACCUCAGACUGGCCCAAAAGCUUCUAUUGGGUCAAGAUGACCAGUCUGAGCUGUUGCAACGAACUGUCUCGGUUCAAUCUGUCUCCGGAUCUGGGGCCAUUCAUAUCGGUGCUGCUUUCUUGUCCCGUUUCCUCAGCCCUGGAUGCGUCUGGGUUUCUGAUCCUACUUGGGGUCCUCACAUUCUCAUGUUUGAAAGAAUGGGCGUGAAAUGCAAGAAAUAUCCAUACUACGAUCCAGCCACACGACUCCUCAACUUUCAAGGCAUGAUCGACACUUUUGAGUCUCAGGGCAAACCUGGUGAUGUGAUUAUACUUCAAGUCUGCGCUCACAACCCAACUGGCCUCGAUCUUAGCCAAGAACAAUGGAAGGCCGUAGCUGAGAUUUGCCAGCGCAAAGGCAUCCUUCCAUUCUUUGACAAUGCGUACCAAGGCUUUGCCACAGGCAGUCCAGAGAAAGAUGCUUGGCCGCUUAGAUACUUUGCCAGCCUGAAAAGCCCCCUUACUUUCUGCGUGGCGCAGUCCUUCUCUAAGAACUUCGGUCUCUACGGACAGAGAACAGGAGCUUUCCAUUUCAUCAUGAACAGCAAGGACACCGCCAUUCAGUCCAACAUACUUCAGCAGCUUCGAUUCAUUAUUCGCACCGAAUACUCAACUCCACCACGAACAGGCUGUACCUUUGUGAAAACAAUUCUCGGCGACCCAGAGCUUAAAUCUCAAUGGCUAAGGGAUGUUUCUUCUAUGAGCAAAAGACUGGGACAAGUCCGAUCAGCACUUCAUGAUGGUCUGAACGCCUCUGAUGAAAGCGGCGACUUUGACCAUAUCAUCAAACAGAGUGGCAUGUUCUCAUACACAGGUCUCAACCCUCAGCAGGUGCUUCGCUUAAAGAACGAGUACCACGUUUACCUCUCUUCAUCUGGAAGAAUAUCAAUGGCAGGACUAAAGGAAGCUGUUUGA